AUGGCAGACCUCCAGCGCAAAAUCGAGCUCCAAGAACCAGAUGACCUACGCUACCUCCUCACCAACACGCGACGCGUUGCUGGUGAGAAAAUCGACGUCGCGCUUCCCCCGAUCGAGGGCGAAGAUGUGCUACGACAAAAGGUGGAGGAGUUGGUGAAUUCGUAUGUGACACAGACGUUCUCGCUGGCGGCGCCGAAUACUCUUAUAAACGGACACCCGGUCGCGGCGGACUCAUCGCUUUUGGCGCCGGAGGGAGGGGCGGAGGCGGAGGUGGUGGAGGAAUAUGAACCUUUCUCCGAAUCCCUGCGCGACCGCGCCGCGAAACUCCUACGUACCGAAGAAGAACUCCUCCUCGAAGUGGGGAGGCUCCGUCGCGAAGCACCUGCUAAGGCGGCGGCGGCUUGGAGGGAGGAGUUGGCUAGGGAUGAGGACCUUGAGAUGGAGGAUGAAGAGCAGGAGGGGGGGGAGGAGUGA